AUGUUCGCCGGUAUUAUUGGUUUCCUCGGCCUUACCACGUGCUUAGCAGCCGCGCAGGGUAAUACCUACUACGGCUACGCCCUCAACGGUGUUUUUGCCGGGGUGCCGUUAAUAUAUAGCGACGUCGCUAAUAACAAAGCAGGCAAUGCAUACCUAUCUUACGGAGCUCUAUCACCAGGUUCCACCUUAAACGACUCUGUAUCGGCAUAUCUUACGGAUCAGUCCGACAGUGAGCGAUAUCUGGUUAUCAACAACGACCCCUCAGCGUUCGCGCCUGUAGAGUUUCAGAUUACGCCAGACCCGACCCUCACGAGCACUGGAUUCGGCCUCUACGGACCACAGCUAUUCUGGUCCCCGCCCUCGGGCGGACCUGAAGGCAAUUUUUUUGCAGAUCCUGUCGAUGACAAUGUAUGGGAGGUGAAGUGGAACGUCGACAACACGGCCGGCGACAGUACUGCCGUAGAGAUCGUCCUCAGGUCUGUUCCAGCAAAUUAG